AUGUCGACACCAUCCAAAAAGAACAAACCCAAGGCGUCUACCUCGAGCGUCCAAAGAAUCAAAGCUGUCGUUCGCAAGCUACCCCCCAAUCUUCCUGAAGAGAUCUUUUGGAGGAGCUGUGAGUUAUGGGUUAAUGAUAACACUGUCAAAGAACGCUGGUACAGGCCCGGCCGAACCAAGGCAGGGGGACAAGGCACAGGAAAUAUCAUGUCUCGUGCAUACAUUGCCUUUCGGACUGCAGAAGAACUCGCCACAUUUAGCCAGAACUAUGACGGUCACCUGUUUCGGGAUAAACAAGGCAACGAGUAUUCUGCCGUGGUGGAGUUUGCGCCUUCACAAAAGUUGCCUUCGGCCAACCAGAAAGCCGACGCACGUCAAGGUACUAUUGAAGAUGACGAAGAUUACAAGAGCUUUGUAUCUUUAAUUGAGAAAGGCGAAACUCCGAGCAAAGACAAAGCUCCCGCCACCGUCCUUAAUGAUGCUUCUAAAUCUGAAUCUACGCCACUUUUAGAAGCGUUGAUUCAUAGCAAGGCAGGAUCCGGUGGAGGGAAGGCACAUAAGCAAAAGCAAGCACAUGCACAGCAGUCCAAAUCGAGUAAAGCGGCAGAUGAUAUUCACUUUUCACGAGCUCAACCAAUCGUACCCAGCGGCCCAGUGACACUGUUGACGGCUAACAAAGCCGAAUCCUCGAAAACGCCAGCCAAGGCUCCUCAGUCACCAACGGCCCCGAAGAGCCCUCCAAGUCAAGCACAAGAUAUACCUGGCAAAGGAAGGGGUAAGGGAAGGUCCACGGCACCGUCACAGCAGCCAACUUCUCCCGCCAAGAAUCCAAAGGGCAAAGGCGGCAAGAGAGUGGUCAGCGAAGGAGAUGUAAAGAAUGUCGCCACCUCCGAACAAGCAAAUGAAAAUAAAGUAGACAACACGCCCACAAAGCCUUCUACGAGUGGCAAAAAGAAGCGAGGACACAUUCCUGCUUCGGACGGGCCGAGCAAAUCUGAUAAGAACAAUGAUGAUGCGGAGCCGAGGGACACAUCUGGGAAGAACGAGCCACGCGACUCUGGUCGUGGAAGGGGAAGAGGACGCGGUGGUGUUGUUGUCGUACCGAAAAUCCUGACCAAGAUAAUCGCAGAAGGCUCGACCAACCCUCCUGCCAGAGGGGGCUCACGGACCACGUCUACUACUGAAAAGAACGCCGACACGCAGCCACAGGCUCUGCCUUCUGCCAAUACGUCAACGACGGCUCCCGCUGUCCCGCCGGCAGCGAACCCAACACCGGUGACGCCUUCACAGGCGCCAGAGAAGAGUGAAGCAGUCGAUGCAAGUGAAGACGGUUCUCAAAAACAAUCGUCAUCAUCUACCCGCGGAGGGACCUCUGAUCAGAGGGGUUUCCGCUUGCCGGUAGAAUAG